AAAAACAAUAAACAAAAGGCACAAGAGAGAGCAGGGGAGACGGACGGCGAUAAACACAUGAUUCUCGUAUUUUAAGUUUUUUUCUACACAGUUUGCGACCUUCUAGUACUACAACAUGUUGAAGGAAUACAGGAUAUGUAUGCCGAUGUCGGUAGAGGAGUACCACAUUGGGCAACUGUACAUGAUUGCCAGGCAUAGUUCCGAGCAAAGUGAUGGGGGAGAGGGUGUGGAAGUAAUUGAAAAUGUUCCUCAUACUGAUCCAAGUCACGGCAAAGGACAGUUCACAGAGAAGCGUAUUCAUCUCUCUGGAAAACUUCCGCCAUGGGCCAGAGCUUAUGUUCCACGAUUUAUAUAUCUAACUGAAAAAGCCUGGAACUAUUAUCCUUAUACUGAGACAGAAUACACAUGCUCUGUCAUUCCGAGGUUCAGUAUCAAGAUUCGCACACGAUAUGAGAAUAAUAAUGGAUCUUCAGAAAAUUGCCUUAACGUUAAUGAGGAGGAGCUGAAGCAAAGAAUAGUGGAUCAUGUGGAUAUCUUAACAGACCCAGUGGAUGAAAGACAUUACAAGAAAGAAGAGGAUCCUGCCAAUUUCAAGUCACAGAAGACUGGACGAGGACCGUUAAAAGAAGGAUGGCGCGAAUGUGCUGAUAUUAUAAUGUGCUCCUACAAACUGGUUGAUGUUUCAUUUCAAGUCUUUGGUUUUCAAACAAAAGUAGAAGAGUGGGCUCAGAGAGCUAUAAGGAACGUUCUCCUCUUGGGGCAUCGACAAGCAUUUGCAUGGAUAGAUGAGUGGCACGGCAUGACAAUAGAGGAUGUGCGCCAGUAUGAGAUAGGCAUGCAGGAGGAGACCAAUGCCAGGAUUCGAAGUGCACAGGAGAAGCUAGAUAGUGAUGGCUCUGAGGCUGAGAAGAAGGAGGAAGGAACAGACUGUGAUGGAGCAGAAGAUGCCCUUGACCAUUCUGAAGGCAGUGAAACUGAGAAAAAGCAGGACUCAACCUCUUCCAAGGGCAGUGGGUCAGGAACUCCAGUCUCACCUCAGAAACCAGGAUAUUUUUCAUCUUGGUUUAAGUGGUCGUAGGUAUUACUGACGGAAAGGAAAAUUUGUGGCACUGAAAAAAAAUUAUCUGGCAAUUUACUUAUGCUUCAGAGAAUGAGCUGCCUGGGAUUAAAGGAGUACUUUGUAAACAUUCUUCUUUUUCUCUAAAUACUUCUUGAUUUUAUUAUUUAUUCUUCCUACUUCUCCUCCUCCCCAUCCUCUUCUUUCUCCGGCUCCUCCUGGAUAUCUUUGACUAAUUGAAUGAUAAGCCCAAGAGUUCCCUUCACUCAUGUUAAAGAGGACCAUACAAACAAUAGAGAUGUAUUAUAAACCAAUUUGGAUGGACACACAAGUGUUUUUUAGGAAGUCACAUAUAUUUUAGAAGUAUUUUAGCUUGUGGGACUACUGCACAUAGCCUGCAUUGGCUCUUACUUGUAGAAUCUAUUAUUUUCAUGAUCACUUCUAUAUGAUGAUGAAAUAUGUAUUAUAUUUUUAUAGCAGCUUCACUUGGAGAGUUAUCAAGGAAAUUUGUUAUGCUGAUUAUUCAUGACAUAGUUGAUAUAUGCUCGUGUGAUACUAAACUAAUUUUUAAGCUUUCAACAAAUUGAGGUAAAAAUAUUAAGUGCAAUAGCUUCAUGGGGAUUUGAUAAAAGGAUCAGUGUUAUGAAUGUAAAGCAUCUGUUUUAACUGUAGAAGGAAUAUGCAUCCAGAAUACUGCUAAUUGCUAAGUUAUGAUAAAAUCACAUUGUUAUAUUUCUGCCACAUAUAAUGCACAUUUUUUAGGUAUAUUUAUGAAGAUUAUUAUACAAGUAUGAUCUUAAGCUUAGGGCACAUAAAGUUAUUUUUCAUUACGUGAGAACUGCACAAGUUACAAAACAAAAAUGAAUAACACUUGCACCUAGGUUCAGGGACUAAGUUGGUUUGCAUCUUAAAGUAAAGGGAGCAUAUGCAGAAUGCACUAUGCUAUUGCAGAACCUGCCUUUAGGAAUUCAAAGUAUGAAUAACAGAUAAAGGAUUGACUUAUAGCUCUGUUUUACAAAGAUUUUAAACAUUUUUCUGUCAUAGGAUUGAUAUCUAAAUGUGAUCACCUCAUCUUGAAACUAAUUUUUGGUUUAAAAUUUUUGACCAUUGUAGAGAUGCAUUAGUCUGUAUGUUGAAGGUGUAAGAGCUUUUGUAAUCUAUAUUAAUAUUACCGGAAUCCAUGAUGACUCGAUAGCACAUGCUAUGGUAAAAAAAUAUUUGAGAACCAAUGAAACCCUACCAAUGCCUCUAUGAUUUUGAGUUUUAAGUUAUGAGUUCAUACUUAUGUUCUUUUUAUACUUAUUUUAUUUCAGUGGACUUGGUUGUAAUUCAUUACAAUGAACUUUUAUUUUAUUGAAAAAUGGAUCUAUUGAUAAUACAAAAAAUAAAAAAACUAAGUUAUUUAAUUUUUAUUCACAGCAGAAGACCAGAUUUUUAAUUAACCUGUUCAUGCUAGGAAGAUUACAUGGAUGCAUGUAUUCAAUGUAGUUAUGUUAUAAAUUUUAUUUGAGCAUAGAUGGCUCCAUAAGUGCUUGGUCCUCAGACUGCAGUUUCUUAACUUCUUACCCAUUGCUGCCUGGGAUGGCAUAUAUGUACAUGCCAUACCCACUAAGAUUAUUUAUUUAUAUUAAUGCUUGGAUACUCCACAAAUACUUUUUUAUAUUGCUAUUAGUAUUGUUAGUAACACUGUAAUAAUCAUAAUGUUAAUGAUACUAAUACUGAUACUGAUACUACAGCAUCAAUAUAAUAGCAUUAGAAAAAAAAUCUAAAAUGGGGAAAUCAGGUGAGGUCAGGUAGGUCUACUAAUUUACUCCUUGGUGGAUGAGCACUUGUAGAGCCAUCUGUGUGUAAAUACAUUAAAAAUCUCAUUCCUUGUGAUAUCAAAAAUAACUUUAUUUGCAAUAAAUAUGUCCAAUGUGUUUGAUAGCAAUGAUUUACAUUAAGGUGACAAAUACUCAUGUAAGAAUUAAUAAUAUUCAUGAUUAAUAACUGGGCUUGGCAGUUUUACAGCAUCUGAGCAUAAGAGUACAGUUUGUAAAUUAUACUAAGCUCUGCUUUUCCCAUUGGUAGCAUUCAUGCCUGCAGUAUUGUUAAUUUGUUUUAUGACAGUCUUUCUCAUAUUGUCAUCAUGAAAAGACAAAAAAAAUUUCCCAGCAAAAUAAGCAAUAUGCUCAAUGGCUCAGUGGGCUAAGAUGCCCAAGGGCUGAUCUAGUGCUUAGCAGUAAGUUAGCUAGUCCCAGCACAAUGGGGGAGGUGGCACCCUAUACAAUCUGUCAGUCGGGACUGUGCAUCGCCUUUUUUUUAAUAUCUUCAUUGAUGAGUAUGAACAAAACAGGCAUUCAAAAGUUUAUGGGUUAAUAAACACCAGAUUUUCUUGAUUAUAUUUGUGAUAAAAUGUUGAGAUUUCAGCUUGCUAACUGAACACUUGUUUCAUUCAAAGAAUCAGAAUAAAGACUAAUUUUAGCUGAGGCAAAGCAAAGGAAAGAAUGAAUAUCUUAUGUGAAAUUAUAUGUCAUGAAUAUUGAAAAGAUAAAAUUGAAUGUAA